AUGUGCUUGGAGUUUAGAGCGGGUCGCAUCAUCGCAGCGACCAAGUCAUAUCCAGGAUCGGAGAACGACAAGACCAUCAUCCAACGCGACAAGUCCAUCUGGCGAAUCCGAGACGAGGAGCCGUGGAGCAGUCUCAAGUACAAGUUGUACAACGCGGACGGCUCGGAGACGGAGUACAAGGGUGCCUGGCUAGUCGUGGACGGGGGCUAUCAGAAGGUGAAAACCGUACUCGCCGUAAUCGUGAAGAUCGAUGACGGCAUCUAUUUAUCGGAAAGCCGUAGAUGUGUCGCCGUUUUUUUGUUCCCCUUACGGCCGUUGUUGUCGUUCGGGAAAACACGGAUCAAAUAA